GUUCAGUUCAUCCGCAAAGUCAACAGUUGGCAUCAAGCUCUUAAAUAUGAAAUCGAUUCUCCUCAUUUGCCUGCUUCUGGGUUUGACUUUAAGUCAUGUCAGUGCAAACUGCUCUGGAGAUUGUCCCGAUACCGAGGAUGUUGUCUGGGCUCUUGGUGGCGGUUGCAUUGUUUUCCGCAAUAAAUGCUACUUCGACAAGGAGAAUUGCCAUCGCAAGCCAGCACUGACCAUCGCAACUAAGGAGGAAUGCCAGACGCAAUGUGCCGAUAUUUGCCCAGCCAUUUACCAACCGACAAGUGGAUCGUACAAAGGUCAGCUUCGAACCUUUGGAAAUGAGUGCGAAAAGCAAGCUCACACUUGUAGGACAGGCGAAACGUUUUUGUAAAACCAGUCAAUCCAGCCAAACAACCCAAGAACAACUCAAAU